CUCCCUCCCAUUCUACAGCUGCAACAGAUAUAAGGGAUCAGGCUCAGGAGCUCUCUUUUAACUUGAACGUUUUAGGGGAGGCACUGUUUUGGCUGUGACCCUAAAGAGCAUGGCAGGUACCUGGAGAAUUUGUGUUUGCUUCUACUGCUGCCUUCACUGGCUUUCUUUUAGCAUCCAGGGCUCCCCUCACUCCCGGGCACGCGGAGCCUCUGAGGACACCAGCAGCGAGCUCAGCCCAUUGCUGUGGCUGCCCAGAGGUGCGAGACGGGGCUAUGCCCUCCUGCCUCCCCUCCUCAAGGUGCUGUCGGAGCGGGACCACCAGGGCUGGGAAAGCGAGGUCCCCAGGCUGCAGCCGGACUCCAGAGCCCUUCGCUACAUGAAGAGGCUGUAUAAGAUGUCUGCUACCAAGGAGGGAAUCCCAAAGGCUAACAAAAGCCACCUCUAUAACACUGUCCGGCUUUUCACUCCAUGUUCUGAAUGCAAGCAGCACCCCAGGGACCUGACGAAGGGAGACAUUCACCUGGUGGAUUUACUCUUCAACCUGGAUCGCGUCACUGGUCUCGAACACUUGCUCAAGUCUGUCCUGCUCUACUCCUUCGACACCUCAGUUCCUAUCUCCUCUUCAGUUACGUGCAUGUGCCAUUUAUUUGUCAAGGAGCAUGAUUUUGCUGGCCAAGUCUGUCCCAGCGUCUCACAUGCAGUAGCUUUUAGCCUGCACUUUGAAGUCAGAAAGCGCAAGUGGGUUGAGAUUGAUGUGACUCCUUUUCUGCAGCCCCUAAUCGCUACUAACAGGAGGAAUAUUCACAUGGCUGUGAACUUCACUUGUCUGAUGGGUGAUCCACAACAGAGCACUAACCUGGAAAACCCUGUGAACAUGGCACUGGUUCCCCCUUCUCUUCUUCUUUACCUGAAUGAUACCAGUGAGCAAGCUUACCACAGGUGGAACUCACUGAGGCACACAAGGAAAAUCCCAGUGCGGCCCAGGCGAAGGAACGGUCUGCUUGUCGAUCCUUCGGGUGACAGAGGAAAAGAGACCCCACAGGGCAAAAGGGCCUCUCGCCGGCGGAGAGAUGGGAAUGGGAAAGACGCACCAGCAACUUCGCCCUCUGAUCUGAGCGAGUACUUCAAACGGUUCCUGUUCCCUCAGAACGAGUGCGAGCUUCACAACUUCCGCCUGAGCUUUAGCCAGCUCAAAUGGGACAAAUGGAUCAUAGCACCGCACAGGUACAGCCCCCAGUACUGCAAAGGUGACUGCCCAAGGGUGGUCGGGCACCGCUACGGCUCUCCUGUGCACACCAUGGUACAGAACAUCAUCUAUGAGAAACUGGACCCGUCCGUCCCGAAGCCCUCCUGCGUUCCUGCCGAGUACAGCCCGCUGAGCGUCCUAACCAUAGAGCCCGACGGCUCCAUCGUCUACAAAGAGUAUGAAGACAUGAUAGCUACCAAGUGCACUUGUCGGUAGUGGGUGAACCCCGGUUGGUUUUACUCGGGUUUUGGGUGUUUUGGCAUUCUCAAAGUAGUUGCAGCUGUAAUGAAGCGAAUAGCGUUUGUGUAGUUCUCGUAGCUCUACAGAAUCCCUUAGGAUUUAGUAUGGAGUCAGUAGAAGGUGUUUACACCAGAGCACUUAUUUUUGUAGCCACUCGGCCUUUCUGGAAUGUGCAAUGAAAUGUAAAUAAUACCUUUUUAUUGGAAUAAUUUUGCAUUUAAAAUGGGGAAGAGACUUCAACUACCAGAUGUCUAUUUUAAGCUGUUUUCUUAUAGAUUCAAAAAGAGAAAUAAACGCCGAUCUUGCAUACCACUUA